CGCGCAUGCGCCGCUAUGGCCGGCAGCGGUUGGGAGCGGAGGGUGCUGCCCGUGUGCGUGGGGGCGGCGCUGGUGGGCGCGCUCGCCCUGGAGGUGGUCGCAGUGCUGCUGCUUCGGCAACGCGGAGGCGGCGGCGAGCGCGGGAGCGAGGCCCGUAGGACGGAAGCAUUCCCAUUUGUGUCGCUGGCAUCGCUGCUUUUCCUGCUGGGGAACGUGCUCGAGAACGCGCGCCGUUUCGUCACCGCCUCGCCCAGCACGCGCGGCGUUAUGCUGGCGGGGGCGGGGCAAGGAUGGGAUUACUGCUACUCCUGCCAAUCUCACGUGCCUCCCCGCUGUAGCCACUGUUUCUCCUGCAACGUUUGCAUCCUGCGGCGUGACCACCAUUGCACUUUGCUUGGCCAGUGCUUGGGAUACCAGAACUACCGCUACUUCCUUUGCCUGCUGCUACAUGGCUCUGUCGCCUUGCUGUAUGGCUGCGUGAUCAAUGCUGAUGUGGUCCUAUCACUGCUCCAGGAGGGCACCUCUGUCCAGGCAAUGCUGCUGCUACUACUUCCCUGGCUUAUGUUACUGAUGGGGCAGGUGAACAUCACAAUCUUCAUCUUUGCUUUUGUGACUGACGUCUGCAUUGUUGGCUUCCUCUUCUGCACGGGCUUCCUGCUCUUUCACAGCCUGCUGGCCCUGCGUGGGCAGACGACCAACGAAUGGUUCGAAGGAGAUCGUCAGUACGACUUGGGCUGGAAAGACAACCUUCGGGAAGUGCUGGGGAAUCAGGGGCACCUGGUGUGGUUCAUGCCUUUCAUUGCUUCCCCUUUGCCGGGGGACGGGAUCACCUUCCGAACUAAGUGCCCCCGAUCUGAGCCACUCCCCAAAUCCCGUGACCUCUAAAGAAUUCUGCCAGCUGCCUUGCAAUGCUUAGGAUCCUUCCACAUCUAAGCUCUGCUUUUGUGCUUUGGCCGUAUUACCCACUGAAUCCUUACAAAAUGUUGCCUGCCUGGAGGUCUGCACUGCUGCAAGCCCACAAGAUGGGGCGGGAGGAUCAAAGAGACAGGAUUCCUUGCCUGUUUUCCAAUAAUGUUUCCAGUAAUGUAAGGUGUAUUAAAUGCCUUAUUUGGAGUCGGAGAGUUGGUUCACCUAGCCUAGUAUUGACGGCUCUGAUGGAUAGUGGCACUUUCCAGACCAACUACAUGGAUGCUUCAGCUGCAGAUGCUGAGAAUUGAACCUGGGACCUUAUGCAUGCAAAACAGGGCUCUACCAUUGAGCUCCUGAUUGAUGGGGUCACUCCCAGUGCCCUGAGAGGUGGGGUGUCAGGGCAUCCUUUGCAGGAGAUGGUGGUUUGGAGGCUUAAGGCAUCUCAUUUGAUGCUGAGCAGGCAUUAUAGGCUGGCAGCAUUAGACAGAAACAGUACUGUUCCUUCUUACGGAUCUAUUCUGCUUCCCUGAAUCGCAACAGUUUUGAGAGGACAGCGGAACGGCAAUGAUGGAAAUUCAAGCUGCAUUCCAGAAAAGUUGUCAGUCCACACUGCUUGUAGGUGGUUUUUAAUUUCUAGGUACUUUCAAUAGUAAAUCAGCCACCAGUGCAAACAGCCCCCCAGAGAGGAGGGCAAGAAUGCUUGGCUCUUGAGAUGCCCACCUUUCCUUGUGGCCAUGAGUAAUGGAGAUGUGGGUUUUAAUCCUGUUUUAGCUGUGAGUUCCUUGGCUUAGUUUGGGGAAAGCUGCUAUUCUCUUCUGUUUCAGCUUUUCAUCUGACAUUGGGCCUACCUUUAGAUGUAAAUGCACCUUUUUACAUUAAAAUGCUAUUUAAAAUGACAACACAA